GGAAUAAAUAGAUAGUUGAGUAGUCUGAUUGGAUAUAAAUAUGUGAUAGAGGUAAUGAUUGUAGUGCUGUGCAGUGGCGUGUUGGCGUAGCCGGACAGCACGAUAGCGCCACUGACAGCGCAGGUGUGGGCCGCGUGCUCCCGGGGACUGAGCACUCAAACAGCCUGUGCGUGUGAGGGAGGCCAGGAACGCGGCUGCUAACUCGGGAAAUCUCAAGCCCCCAUGCAGACGAGGAAGUCACACCCUUGCGCUGGAUGUAGUGUCGUACCCGAGGGACGGACUCUUACGUUUCCACAUCUUCUGGCCACCUCAAGCACGUGUCUGCCUCCAUCCUCCUCCAGGACCUGUCCUCUUCGAUGGACGUCAUCUCUUCAAUUUGCUCACUUUGGGACUGAGGACAUUCCUCUUUUAGCGGACCACUGACGAGAUGUUUGUGUACGGAUUCCUGACAACGUUGCUGUUCUUUCUUAGCUUAUGUGAUUCAAAACGUCCAAUGCCUUCACUUUCCUAUGAAGAUCAGCUUGUGAAAGAAAUCCUACACAAAUACCGCGUGCGAGGCAAAUAUGGCCGUCCAGUCCGGCGUUUCAAUGACACCCUGAAGGUUGCUUUUGGAAUACAAUUGAUACAGAUCAUGGAUUUGAAUGAGAAAGACCAGAUACUGACUUUGAACGUAUGGGAUCAGUAUGGAUGGAGAGAUGACGAUGUUGAAUGGAACAUGACAAAAUAUGGAGGCGUGGAUAAAGUCCGCAUUCCCUGGAGCAAGGUUUGGUUGCCCGACAUCAAACUGUACAACUAUGCUGACCAUCGCCUGGACGAGCAGCGCAAGUCCCUGUGUGUGUUCCACCACGAUGGCCAGAUACUGUGGAUGCCCCAGGCUGUGUACCGCAGUUCCUGCCAAAUUGACGUGACCAAAUUUCCAUUCGAUGUACAAUCUUGUCAUUUGAAAUUUGGGUCGUGGACCUACAAUGGACAUAAGAUAGAUGUGGUUUUCUUUGCCAAUAAAGACUACAUAGAUCUCACUGAGUACGUGACUAGUAACGCCUGGAAGAUCAUCGAUGUGCCUGCUAAUAAAAACAUCAAGUACUACAGCUGCUGCCCUGAGCCUUAUGUGGACCUGACCUUCAGUUUGAUCUUCCAGAGACGAGCCACCCUGUAUAACUACAUCCUGAUCCUGCCGUGUGUCCUUCUCACCUCCAUCACCCUCAUCCUCUUCUGGAUUCCCCCAGAAUCACCCGCAAAGAUGCAACUUGGUCUUACCAUCUUCAUAGCCUUUUUCAUCCUGCUGAAACUUUUGGAGAAAAAUUUGCCACCCGGUACAACGAAAAUGCCGGUACUAGGUAUCUACUACUGCCUCAACAUGGUGAUCAUUACUCUGUCCUCCUUCCUCAACGUUCUGGUGGUCAACCUUGCAGCAUAUGGUCAGCGUGCUAACCUUCCCGCCCCUGCAAAAUCUGUACUGUUUGACGUGUGUGCAAAGGUCCUCCUGAUGAACGAUCUAGUGCGGCCCUUCAAACCGGAUUCCUCCAAACCAGCGACAAUCGUGAAAGACAAACUGGGAGAAAUUGACAACAAGUGGAGCGAUGAUCCAAUGGCGUCGACGGAGGUUCUCGUGCACCUGCAGAAAGAAUCCAAUCUAGCUCCGCCCCCGGGGCCACCCGUGGACAACACGUUACGUCAAUCAACGGGACUCUUGGUCGCCAUUGACACAAAACUAUCGGACUUGCGCGACUUCAUACAGGGGCACAAGCAGCGCCUUUCCGACAAGGACAAGCGGGAGCGCCUCGUGAAAGAAUGGAAGGCUAUUGCCCUCAUUCUGGACAGAAUCUUCUUUGUUAUAUACUUUGGCAUUAUCGUUGCAUCACUUGCUGUCAUCAUUCCAAUCAUCACCUUCAGUGGCCAGUACACGAACACGACACUGGCAGAGGCUUUGCCACAUACGUGAGAAUCGUUGUCUCUGAAUUCUUUCUGAAAACAUUUCCACCAGAUGCCAAAUUGCUUCAUGGUUUUGUCUAAAAUGUUAAGGUGGAUAACAUGAUGUUUACGAACUCUUCCAAACAUAAUGACAAUAGUUAGAUAUGCAUAUAUAUUUAUGUAGCGGUAUCAUUAUGUAAAAGAUCGUUUAUGCAUAAAAAUAACUCAUGCAUCAUUGAAACAUCUUUAUAUACACCAGUGCGUUCGUUAUGUAUUGUCUUUAAGCAAGCAAACGCUUGAGAAUGAGGUGAUAAAAGUUGACAUUUUAAGGUAAGGUGAUACGUUGAUCCACAAUGUAUAGAGAGACAUGUAUUUAAAAAUGGUGCACAAGAACAUUGGUUUUGAAGAAAUUCAUAAAUAGGUAUCCAAGAUGUGCCUACCAUUGUGCCAGUCUUAACGUCAGGCAACUGGAAGGACAUAGUCACUUGAUUCGAUCCUAAGAUUCUAUUUAAGCAUGAUCAAAGAUAACCACAGGCACAGACAGAUGGACACAACUGCAUAUGUGACAUAGCUGGUAACUAUACAACCUAUAUGACAACACCACACGGCCAGGCACGCGCACAGGCACAGGAAGAUGGACGAACCAAUAUCUCCGAUACGUUGUGUUGUGAUCUCGACAAGCUAUAUGACAACACCACACGCCCAGGAACAGGAAGAUGGACGAAGCAAUGUCCCUUCUAUGUUGUGUUGCGAUCUCUACAAGUUCUAUGACAACACCACACUCACAGGCACAGGAAGAUGGACGAAGCAAUGUCCCUUCUAUGUUGUGUUGUGAUCACUACAAGCUCUACGACAACACCACACUCACAGGCACAGGAAGAUGGACGAAUAAAUAUCCCUUCUAUGUUGUGUUGUGAUCACUACAAGCUCUACGACAACACCACACUCACAGGCACAGGAAGAUGGACGAAUAAAUAUCCCUUCUAUGUUGUGUUGUGAUCUCUACAAGUUCUAUGACAACACCACACUCACAGGCACAGGAAGAUGGACGAAGCAAUGUCCCUUCUAUGUUGUGUUGUGAUCACUACAAGCUCUACGACAACACCACACUCACAGGCACAGGAAGAUGGACGAAUAAAUAUCCCUUCUAUGUUGUGUUGUGAUCUCUACAAGUUCUACGACAACACCACACUCACAGGCACUGGACGAUGGACGAAUAAAUAUCCCUUCUAUGUUGUGUUGCGAUCACUACAAGCUCUAUUACAACACCACACUCACAGGCACAGGAAGAUGGACGAAUAAAUAUCCCUUCUAUGUUGUGUUGUGAUCACUACAAGCUCUACGACAACACCACACUCACAGGCACAGGACGAUGGACGAAGCAAUGUCCCUUCUAUGUUGUGUUGUGAUCACUACAAGCUCUACGACAACACCACACUCACAGGCACAGGACGAUGGACGAAGCAAUGUCCCUUCUAUGUUGUGUUGCGAUCUCUACAAGUUCUAUGACAACACCACACUCACAGGCACAGGACGAUGGACGAAUAAAUAUCCCUUCUAUGUUGUGUUGUGAUCUCUACAAGUUCUAUGACAACACCACACUCACAGGCACAGGAAGAUGGACGAAGCAAUGUCCCUUCUAUGUUGUGUUGUGAUCACUACAAGCUCUACGACAACACCACACUCACAGGCACAGGAAGAUGGACGAAGCAAUGUCCCUUCUAUGUUGUGUUGUGAUCACUACAAGCUCUACGACAACACCACACUCACAGGCACGGGAAGAUGGACGAAUAAAUAUCCCUUCUAUGUUGUGUUGUGAUCUCUACAAGUUCUACGACAACACCACACUCACAGGCACAGGACGAUGGACGAAUAAAUAUCCCUUCUAUGUUGUGUUGCGAUCACUACAAGCUCUAUUACAACACCACACUCACAGGCACAGGAAGAUGGACGAAUAAAUAUCCCUUCUAUGUUGUGUUGUGAUCACUACAAGCUCUACGACAACACCACACUCACAGGCACAGGACGAUGGACGAAGCAAUGUCCCUUCUAUGUUGUGUUGUGAUCACUACAAGCUCUACGACAACACCACACUCACAGGCACAGGACGAUGGACGAAGCAAUGUCCCUUCUAUGUUGUGUUGCGAUCUCUACAAGUUCUAUGACAACACCACACUCACAGGCACAGGACGAUGGACGAAGCAAUGUCCCUUCUAUGUUGUGUUGUGAUCACUACAAGCUCUACGACAACACCACACUCACAGGCACAGGACGAUGGACGAAGCAAUGUCCCUUCUAUGUUGUGUUGCGAUCUCUACAAGUUCUAUGACAACACCACACUCACAGGCACAGGACGAUGGACGAAGCAGUGUCCCUUCUGUGUUGUGUUGCGAUCACUACAAGCUCUACGACAACACCACACUCACAGGCACAGGACGAUGGACGAAGCAGUAUUCUCAAAACGUGUGUUGUGAUCUCUACAAGCUCUAUGACAAAAGCACACACCCAGACACAGGAAGAUUGACUUACCUAUAUCCCCGAUACGCUGCGUUGUGAUCUACACAAGCCAACACCACAGGCACAGACAUAUGGACACACCCACAUCUACGAACAAUGUACUGUUGUCUGUACAUUCAAACUACAUGCGACAGGCACAGGCAGAUGGAGUUAUAGACCUCGGCACCUAUACAAUACAGGCUUUUUGAUAACUGAUGGACACCCUGCAGUAUCUACCGUAACCAAUGUGCAUUAUCCAGAACCGAAGCUGAAAGGGUUGGGAAGGGAUAUGGGUCCUUCCCUCUUCUAAUCGCAAGACCGGGUAUAAUACGGGGCCUGCUACUUCUACUGAUCAACUUUUUAUAAGUGAAUUAUAAUAACAUUUUUUUACAAAUGACGUUUUUCCAUUUUAGUUAGCCAUAUUCUUGUCAUCAAAUUGAUUGUGUGCCAUAACUUUUCCGUGGAGUCUUUUACAUAUUCUAGCAACUAGAUAAAGAACAUUACGUUUACUAAUUCUUUCUUCGGACACUCUUACAUAUUACUUAUAACUUAGUGGGUGAUGUAGAUAAAUCUAACAUUAUAACACUUUAUAGCUUAAUGUGAAACGCCCUAAAUCUGGACAGUAGCAUUCUCAGGGAGUCGUCCAGUUAAAUAAUUGUUCGAGUUUGUCCGAAUCAUGGCAAUCAGUGUAUACAUGUAAGCGCACCAAGUAGUUACCAUCCGGGGUGUGGGGUUUUGGUAUCGACAGGGUCCAGAUUACUGAGGUUUAUGGUGAUAGAAGUAGCCCAAGGGUAAUGAUUUCAAUGGGUACAAUAUCAAUUCUGAUGUUAGCGUUGAUACAACGCUGUAGAUGUAUUAUUGCCUGACAUUGAUGUAAGUGUUUAUACAAGGAUGUAGAUGUGUUAUCGCUUGACACUGAUAUGUGUAUUUCAUAGGGAGGGGCCAUCUGAUGUUGGCCUUGACAUCAUAUAUUACACGGGGGAUGGAAAUAACAUGGCACUUUGAUGUAGUAUACGGUAUUUUGUGUUCAUAGAACAUUAAUAAUCAGUUUAUCAUUUAAGCACCUAUAUAAGUCACAUGGACCCAGGGCACUUUGCCCCUGAGGAUAUGAAUAAAACAAGGCCCUGCACACAGUAAUUGGUCAGCUCUAGAACAAUAAGACAAACACUCUGUAAACUUGACAAUUGCAGAUCUUGGGGCUCUGUGUAUAUUAACUGGUCAGCUCUAGAUCACAAGUCAAACAUACUGGACAAAUCUGAGCCGUGUAAUUCUUCGGACAGUCUUCGGACAGUCUUCGGACAGUUUUCGGACAAUCUUCGGACAGAGAACUGUCACCCUGACAUUUGUUCAAGGAGACGGGACCGGUCAGCAGAUGGUUCCGAUGUGUAAACACAGUUCAGUUGCGAUUCCAUAUCUACGACGAGGCCGUGUUUCUUAUUAUGGAACUGUGUAUAUUGAUGGUAUAACCUCUCUCUAAGCUGCUAUUCAGUUAUUCAACAUUCUACGUUAAAUGUCUGUAUGUACGCUUUAUUCCUUGGAGACAAGCAAUUGAGAUAUACAGCGCGAAAUUCUUUGUUUCCGCUAGAACAGUAAAUCAUGUGCUUCAACAUUCCUAGAUUUCUUUCCGAUAAGUUCCGAUGUUUUAGUUAUUCAUUUGCCGAGCAUACCGUAUUGCAGUCUGUCAUACUUAGCUGCCACUGUGCCUCAACGCCCACCCACACCACCUCCACCCACCCCUUCUCCACGCACCCACAACGCCCACCAUCCCCUCUCAACGCACCCACACCACCCAGUCAGCCCGGUCAGUCUUUCUCAGUAACAAUUUUAUGAUGCGGUCGUUCUUAUCCGUUGCCAUAUCUUACAUCACUCUUAGCGACGUUAGGGUCCUUAUCACACAUAUCUCUGUCCGACCUCUUUGGGUCCUCAUCACACAUCACUCUGUCCGACAUCUGUGAAUCCUUAUCACACAUCACUCUGUCCGACAUCUGUGAGUCCUUAUCACACAUCACUCUGUCCGACAUCUGCGGUAUCUGUGACACAUCAGCGGGUUCAUGUCACACAUCACUUAGUCCAACAUCUGCGGGUUUAUAUCACACAUCACUCUGACCGACAUGUGUUGGUUCAUUUCAUACAUUACUUUACCUGACAACUGAGGGUUACAAUUACACAUCACGUUUCCAAACAUCUGCGGUUCAAAUCAUACAUUACACUCUCCGUCAUUUGCGGAUUCAUAUCAAACAUCAAUUUACCCGACAUCUGCGGGGUUCAUAACACACAUUGCUUUACCCGACAUCUGCGGGUGCAUAUCACACAUUGCUUUAUCCGACAUCUUCGGGUUCAGAUCACACAUUACUUUACCCGACAUCUGCGGGUGCAUAUCUCACAUUACUUUACCCAUUAUCUGCGGGUUCAUAUGACACAUCGCUUUACCCGACAUCUGCGGGUUCAUAUCACACAUUGCUUUACCCGACAUCGGCGGAUUCAUAUCCUACAUUGCUUUACCCGACAUCUGUGGGUUUAUAUCACACAUCGCUUUACCCGACAUCGGCGGGUUCAUAUCACACAUUACGUUACCCAUUAUCUGCGGGUUCAUAUCCUACAUUGCUUUAACCGACAUCUGCGGGUUCAUAUCCUACAUUGCUUUAACCGACAUCUGCGGGUUCAUAUCACACAUUGCUUUAACCGACAUCUGCGGGUUCAUAUCACACAUUGCUUUUACCGACAUCUGUGGGUUUAUUUCACACAUUGCUUUACCCGACAUCUCAGGGUUUAUUUCACAUAUUGCUCUACCCGACAUCUGCGGGUUCAUAUCACACAUUGCUUUACCCGACAUCUGCGGGUUCAUAUAACACAUUGCUUUACCCAUCAUCUGCGGGUUCAUAUCACACAUUGCUUUACCCGACAACUGCGGGUUCAUAUCACAUAUUGCUUUACCCGACCUAUGUGGGUUCAUAUCACAAGUAACUCUGUCCGUCAUCUGCGGGUUCAUAUCACACCCGUCCUUCGUUACCAUGUCAUACAAAUCUUCAUUAUCCGUCCUUUUCAGCAUAAUAUCGCAAUACAAUAUCACGCAUAUCACACAAUCCACUAUCACACAUCCCACACAUUAAGAUAUCACACAUCCCACACGUUACAAUAUCCCACAUCCCACACAAAACAAUGUCACACAUCACACUCAGUACAAUAUCACAUAUAUCACACAAUACACGUUACCAUGUGAAAGAUUAAACACAAUACCACGACGACGAGAUAUGUUAGCCCGUGGAUAUUUCAACUGUUAAUACAAAUAGUACUCCAACACAAUUCCCCCCAUCAUCAAAUCUGUAUCACGUAAAACUCCGCAGUAUACCUGACAUUUACCACGACACCAUAUCCUGACCCAUGACACCCUGUCGUAUGAUAUAAUUUGGACGCCAGACAACCUGUACUCUACUACCAUAUGUCACAACACAAUGCGCCGUGUGCAAUGUAAAACCCAAGACACCCUGUGUUGAACUGCCGAACACCACAACACACCCUGCUUUAUGCAAUAUUUAGUCUCAAGACAACCUAUUUUACACACGGACCCCUGUCGUACACUAUUAUCCGGACAAUGCGCCCUUUCCUACACCAUCCUUAUGGCAGACACUAUUGUAUGCUGUCAUAUGUCACAAGUCACCCGGUCAUCACCAUUGCAAGACAUCCUGCCCAAUACUACCAUGUGCCUCAAAACGCCAUGUCCUAUACUUUGCUGUAUACUAUCAUUUAACUGAAGACACCCUGUCCUGAUCUGUCUUGUGUCACAACACACCCUGUCCUACUCGACUAUGUGGCUCGAUUCACUUUGUCCUAUAACCCAUGUCUGUAUGCAUGUCACUCGGAGCACUUUACCACCAACACUUGCCAAAGAUCACAUUAUUGCUGAUUAUGUAUCAUACUUGCAAAACAGUUAUUAAAUGGUGCUAGAUCUA